AUGGUUCUGGCUUGGCUAGGCUCAUGUUAUGUGCGCCGAAACAGAGCCAUAGGCGUUGGGCUUGCUCGACGCAAUCUUUCGGGGCUCAGGAAUGAAAACAACCUUUCUGAUAUUCUGGAGGAGUGCGUGUCACUUGAAGAGGAACUUGGCAUUUCUCAUGAUGCGCCUAAGCUGGAGGAGGAGCCCGCAGCUACGAAAGCUAGGUACUUCUCAAUGCUAUAUGAAUCUGCAGAAGCAUUCGAACGGACUCCAGAGCAAAGUUCACGGACGUCGCAGCAGGUCCCCACGCGGUUUCCAGAAAGCUGCUCUUCACAAAAAGCAGGUGAAGUUCAAAGCGAAAACUCACAAUCGCUGAGGCCACAUGGACACUGGGGAGCUCGAGAGGAAGCAUCAGAACAUUUCUCGAGUAUUUCAGGUAGAGGAACGGCACCUUCGUUACAUCCUGCUGGGCAACCUAACGCGCAUGGCGUCCCUGGAGAGCGGUUGCCGCCUGGCUUUGGCCCUUUUUAUCAGACAACGCCGCAGCAGUUGGUGCCUGCUGAAACACGUUACAUGCUCUUUACAAAGGAUGCAUGCGGCGCGUACCUUAAUGCUUCAGCUCCUGACGCCAGGUCGGGCAUGAACCCACAGCUGCCAUUUCAGCGUGUGCAAGGAUAUCACGAGAAAGUCACAUCAACGGUUGAAAAUAUGCCAUCGAGAACAUCGAUAUUUCCAUCGGCUCCGCCCACAUUCUACAAAGCAGGGGAGGCAGCUGCUUCCUCAUUCUCGCGUGGCGGUGCUCCAAACGCUGGUAAUGAAUCGAGGUGCCCUGGAGCCGUGCUAGAGGGAGCCUUUUUGCCGCGUGGCUCACGGGAACCUCAGGAACAGGCACGACAGGAAACGGCACUGGAAGGCUUGUCAGGUUAUUCAGCCUACAAAGGUUACGAUUUUUCCGAUUUAUUUCCCCAUAAGCAAGUUGGCUCUUCUGUUUCAGGCCCACAUGGCAGUGCAUAUGCAAACACCACUUUGCAAGGCAUCGUACCUUUUAAACGGCGGCUUGGAACCGCUAUGGAAGGCCUAACACAUUAUUCUGCCGACCCAGGCCACAAUACUUCCAAGUUUGUUCAUGAUCAAGUAGCUGUCCCGUUACCCUCGCAAUUCGAAAGCGGCGGUGAAAGUGCUGCUUCACGGGACCUUCUAGGUGCAGAUCUGUGGGCUGAGGAACUUAUCGGUGGCAUUUAUCCAACAGGCAGCCAACGAAUUCCGCAGGCUGAGGGCAAUGUGGCCACGGGACUGCAAGACGCAACCAAUCCCGUAACUGCUGCUGCACCCACGUUCAAACUUGGCGCGAGGACACUUCUGACUGGAGGUUCAAUCUCUGACACGAGUGACGUCAGCAGGACUUCGAGCGGAAGCGCAAGUACGCCGCCCUUGAAAAACAAUUUUCCGCCUCAGUCUCAAGAACAACGCAUGUACGAAGUGGCAUCUCUGGGAGGACGUGCUGCUGACCUUUCAGUGCCCUUGAAUAAUUCAGCUUUUGCUCCAGCCGUGGAGAGGACAGUUGCAGAUGCUGGGAGCCACGCGGCAUGGGACAUAAGUUUGCAUCCGUAUGUGCGUUUGCCAGUCGCACAGCUGCAAGACGCACGUGGUGGAUUUCGCAGGAAAUUUUCCUUGACAAAACAUCCGAUUGAGCGUAGCCCGUUACCAAUCUACGAGGCGAUGCGCACAUUAUUUGCCAAGUCUGUCUUAACUCCUAAAGAGUCAGAGUUUCUCCUUAUACAGGCCGAGCGUUUGGUCUGCUACGCAAAGGCCAAGCUAGCCACGAUCACGAGACUAAGGUCACCCUAUUUCAUCGUUAGGAAACUAGCGUCAUUAUUUGUGGCAUUUGAUUAUCUGGUGUCCACAAUUGAGGUCCUAGGAGACCAAAUGGACGUUGGGAGCUGGUGGGAACCGUUCGCACAGAGCUUUGUUACAGAUUUUGCCUUUCCUGCUUCGAGCAUGCGUACCCAGAAAGCACGGGAAAGAAUUAGAUUGGCUAAUCGCCUGAGCGCCGCAUUAUCGAUUUACAAAAAGGGGAUACGCCCGCCACUUGAAGAGAUUGUUGACUUGAAGCGUAUACUUUUCAGGAAAGUACGGGAAUAUACCCAGUUCAGGCAUCCUCUGUGGCUUCUUUGGAUACAUGAUGACACAUACCCAGCUUGGUUAGGCAACGAUGCAAAAGAUCGAACCAAUAAUGGGGGCGGCGGCUGA